AAGAUGGCGAUGGAGAAGGCUAAAGAGAUCGUUUCCAGCAACGGCGUCGUUGUUUUCAGCAAGUCGUAUUGUCCAUACUGUGUGAGAGUGAAGGAUCUUUUGAAACAACUGGGAGCUAAAUUCUUGGUCAUUGAGCUCGACAAAGAAAGUUUUGUUCAUGAACCCAUCCUCAAAAGUAAACCGAAUGAAUCUCACAAGCUGAGAUCUCGUUCCUCGCAGUUUCACAUUGUAAUCUCUCUCCCUCUCACCAAUUCGAUGGAAGAUGUUGUUGAAUCAACUCCAUCAUCGAAUUCACCACCGCCGUCAUCUUAUCCAUCUUCCGAUCCGACGCAAUCGUUUGCUCCUCUGCCUUCGUUCGCCAUGCCAACAAGGAUUCGACCGAAGAAGCCAAACGAUUCAUCCUGUUCUCCGAUUCCACCACCGCAUCAUAGUAAACCGAACGAAUCUCACAAGCUGAGAUCUCGUUCCUCUCAGUUUCACAAUACUCUCCAUGGUUUAUCAUGUUCAUUGCUGUUGUGUAAUAUUACAGGUGAUGGUAGCAAAGUUCAGUCAGCUCUUGCUGAAUGGACAGGACAACGCACCGUGCCUAAUGUGUUCAUAGGAGGAAAACACAUCGGUGGCUGUGACACAACAAUGAGCAUGCACAGUAACGGGAAGUUGAGAUGCUUUCUACUUCAGAUUCGUAGUAUAUUUGCUUACUAUUCUAGUUUUGCAAAUGUUUAA